AUGGCUGCUUCAAUUGAUAACGAUGAAAACGAUUAUGAGGGUGGAUACAUUAGCCUUUUCUGCUUCGAAAAGCAUAUGCCUUCGAGAUUUAUUUCUGAUUAUUACCUCGAUGAGGAUAUGCAGAGAGCGUGUACUAUUGAAUCCAGUUUGAUCCCAGCCAAUUAUAUAUCCGAUGAGGAGCAAGAUUUUGACGCUUCAGGCGAAAAAUCAACUAGAACAGCCGAGUUAUAUGAAGAGAGUGUGUCCGGCUCUUAUUACGCUUCCGAUGACACGAUGAAUUCAAGUUUCCAAUCAGAAAAUACCUGCGGAUCUUAUUCUUCCGAAUCACUUAGUUCAACUGAAACAGCGGAAGAAGAAGCAUGCGAUCUAAGUUUAGGUGAUGAUGUCUUAACAGCUGAAACAGGAAAAGUUUAUCUAUGCGAAACACAAUGCAGUGAAGAUGACACUAACUCAAUCGAUGAGUUUCACAUGAAUUAUUAUAAGGAGAUCUCAGUUUCUAUGAACAGUCUAUGGGACGGUCAAGAUCAGAAUAUGGAUUAG